UCGGACGCAUCAAAUCAUUUGAUCACGCGUAUGCCGCCCCGCCGUCACCGGUGACGUGCCGACUUGUACAGCAGGCGUGUGCCCGCACCGCCGGUUGUUCUGUUGUUGACGACCACGCCGAGACAUGCCUACCUACUACUUCUUGGUGUUUACCGGCACUUAUACACUGGUGCAGGCGCUGAUUCAAUUCAUUAUUUCACUUAUAGCAAUCGCACAGCAUUACUGUGUAAUAAACUUUCUCAGAGGGUAUCCGCUCUUGAUUUACAUCCGGAUGUUAUAUUUUCAUAACCCAAGUAGUUGUGGGACCGAUAUUAACAUCGGGGAAAGCCUGGAGGACGUAGCCAACGAAGCCUACGUCUACCAAGCCUCCAUGUCUUUCGUCACUACCAGGGCAUUUAUAUUCAGCUGCAUUAGCAUCGGAUUAAGCGUGCUUUGGGCGGCUGGAAGCAUUGUACUAAUCAAAGGAGGAUGGAGGAAGCACCAUUCGAACCACGUACACUGGCCGUGGGUUGCAGUUUCUUUUCUUGUUGGCCUAGAGGACAUAGUCGGCAUAUUAUGCUACAUCAAUGAUUCUUUUCAUACAGAAGUAAGUAAAUCUCCUAGAAUCACAAAAUGGGCGUCGAGAACCAUGGCUCUCCUUCAUGGACGAUUCGGCAUCUGCUUACUCAUCAAUCUAGGGCUCAUUAUUUUUACAAUACUGGAUUGCUCCCGGUACCGGACAUCAGUCACGUCUUCAGAGAUAGAGCGAACUGGUAACUUGACCACGAGCCCGGAGGCCAGCAGCAAGGCGGAGGAGGGCAGCGACGAGCCCACGUUGAGCGAGCCGAGCGAACCGGUGCUGGUGACGAACAUCCCGCGCCCUGGCCUCACUCGGUCUUUCCGCUCUAUGAAGGACAUGCUUUUCCGUAGAUCGGCUUCUAUGAACUCGUUAGAGAACAGGAGCAAACACCGCGUGAACUUCAUGGGCGAGGUGUCUACCUCCAAUCCCAUCCAGCCCCCGCACAGCUUCGAGAACCUCAUCGCGGAGCAGCAGCGGCGCCUGCGCGGGGCCACGGUCGACACCGCCGGCCGCCGUGGCUCUAUGCAAACCGCGACCAGUCUUCCUCACCUGACUACCACCAAUAUGCAAGAAACGUCCCGCGGUGGGCGCAGCACAGCCGGGCAACUACCGGGCCAGAUGCCGUGGGCAUACAUCGCGGGAGCCCCGGCCAACCGCAUGAGAGACCAGCUGCCUCCAGACGAGGACCUCCCCCCUGUCCCACUGCCCGACUACACUGCGUUUCAAUCUCACAGGAAAGCAUCCGUGCAUCGGGCAGCAUCGAGCCUAAGUUCAUUGACACAAAAGAAGGACUACACUAAGUCCAAAUCCUCUCAUCCCGGGUCAGCACAAGUUGAUGUGUUGUACUAGAGAGGAAAGCAGCAACCCGAAUCGAAUAUUGAUGGAGAAGUAAAUCAAGGUAGUCUUCAACCAUCACCUGAUUUCUCGACCGACGUCACAUGUGUGUGACAUGGGCCCUAAUUCUCAAAACGUAUUAAUCUAAAAAUAUUAGACCAAGAGCUAAUAUUGUUUCUCGAAGCUACACUGGUAAAUUAUUAGUUUACGAAUAUUCUUUUUUUUUAAACUACGUCGGUGGCAAACAAGCAUACGGCCCGCCUUAUGUUAAGCAGUCUCCGUAGCCUAUGUACGCCUGGAACUCCAGAGGAGUUACAUGCGCGUUGCCGACCCUAACACUCCUCUCCCUCGAGCUCUGGCAACCUUACUCACCGGCAGGAACACAACACUAUUAGUAGGGUCUAGUGUUAUUUGGCUGCGGUUUUCUGUAAGGUGGAGGUACCUCCCCAGUUGGGCUCUGCUCUAGAUCUGGAAUGACAUCAGCUGUCCUGUGCCCUACCACACAAAGCGAGACGUCAUUCACAGUGCCCAUACCUCUCUUUUGGACGUAGUUUAAGGACAUACCCGGGUCCAAAUUCAUGAAUGAGUCGGUUUUAAACCGGUAUAAGUGUUUAUAAAAAAUGAGCAAAUAGAACAAAAUAUCGCUGUCGAGUCCUCGUAAGAUUCUGAACCUUUUAAACUCAGCUUUUUAACGUAAAUUUUUCAUUGAAUACAUUUUAACCGCUUUAAGACCACCACCACCACCUUACAGUACCGUUGAACAUAUUUAGAAAUGCGACAGUGUAAAAAGUUAAAGUCCCAUUGCAUAAAACUCUUGUGUUAAUGAGUUUUAAAUUAUGUAACCUGGGACUUUAUUUUAAGAUUUUGAAUAUUUAUUUUGUCUUUAUAAUAACUUCACGUUAUUAAACUUUUGAAGCGUCUAUUAUCUAAGAUAGUAUAUGUACCUAUGCAUGUUUUGUUAUGUAAAUACCUACCUACAGGUGUUCAGAGAUAGACAUAUGACACUUACUUACCUAUUUGUUUUGUGUGGAUCAUACAUAUAAGUACAUCAAUUUUAGGAUUCCUUACUUAAUAAUUACUAAUUCUAUAAAUUAAGUAAGGUUUAGACCUUUUGUAACAGUACUCGUCUCGUACAAAUUCAUUAAAUUCUAUAAAUUAUUUGGACUAAUUUUGCUUAUCAAUAAUAAUAAGUGAUAUUUAGUGAGGAAAAGCAAGGGAGUGUUAACUCAAUACACUAAUGCAAAUUACGUUUAACGAUCUCAUUAAGUGUGAGAUAGUUUUAAACGUUACUGCACGAAGUUCAGCAAUGCACAGAUUUACGUUCCAAUUUGUUAUUUCUGUUCCCUUUAAGCGCCACUUGCACCAUUCCACUAACCCGGGGUUAACCGAUUAAACCUGGAGUUACCAUGGUUACCAGUAUAAUUUGACACUGGGUUAACGGUUUAAUAGGUUAACCCCGGGUUAAUGGGAUGCCAUAUUUAACAAAAUUUAGUUUCAAUAUUGUGUCUAGAUUGAGCCUUAGUUUGUAGUUAAUAGUCUUUUACUAAGUGAUAGUUUUUAGGGUUCCGUACCCAAAGGGUAAAAACGGGACCCUAUUACUAAGAAUCCGCUGUCCGUCUGUCCGUCUGUACGUCUGUCUGUCUGUCUGUCUGUCACCAGGCUGUAUCUCAUGAACCGUAAUAGCUAGACAGUUGAAAUUUUCACAGAUGAUGCAUUUCUGUUGCCGCUAUAACAACAAAUACUAAAAAGUACGGAACCCUCGGUGCGCGAGUCCGACUCGCACUUGGCCGGUUUUUACUGCUACUACUACUACUUAAUGGCGCAGCGGCCAAAAAUGAGUUGGCCUCCGACACGAGUGUAAGCCAGUCGUCUCGAUCCUGUGCCAUCUCCCGCCAGUUAUCGACAUGGAGUGAUAAUUUUCAAUUGUAAAAAAUCUGAUAUUUAAACUGUAAUUGGUUCCCCGCGAUACAGGCACUGCCUAGUGCGGAAGACCCCUGGAAUGUCUGUAACCUUUAGCUGAAAAAUAAAUGAUCUUUAUUUAUCUUUAUUUAUUUAUUUAUAAAUAAUAAUAUUGUGUUUGAAUAUAUUAGACGUUGUCCUUUUUUUGAAUUGGAGCAUGGAGUUACCCACCGGGGAGCAAAGUAGGACCAUUUUACGGUACCUCGAAGUUUCGUGCAUUUCAUAAUAAAUAACUAAUUUAGAACGUUGUCCCUUGCACAGAGGUUCGAAGAAGCCCAUCAGAAAGAUAGAAUUUAUGCCCGCCCCCGCAUGCCCGUCAUAUUUAUCGUGAAAAAUUGGGGUACAUAUGCGGCUAAAGUGAAACGAAUUAUAAAAAAACAUAUAUAGAUUCGUACAAAAGUUAGGAUAGCUAUAGUAACCGAAAAUUUGCGUUAUUAAUUUCUAGGCCAAAUAGAAAAUCAUACAACUUCCUUCGUACAAAAAGUUGCAUUUGGUAAUUGACGAAGAGCUAAGUAUGACCACCAUACGUCCUGCAGUGCCGUUCUCUCGACUAUUAAUAGGCUCAAAUCAAGAGUGUUUUAAAAGGGAAGGAUAUAUAAAACAGCCAAAAAACUUUAACAACUCCAGCAGGUGUUGGGUUGGUGCAGGCAAAUAUGAAAAAGAGCCCCGUAAAAUAAAAAGCUUGGAAGCUGCCUAUCACUCCUACAGAAAAUUUAGUAAUUAAAAAACUGAUAGUUAUCUAAAUUAAAAGCAGCUUUUUAAGGUAGCAAUCCUAAAAUACAUAGUUUAUUAUCAAUUGCAUCAGCUUUUUUUUCGGUACACCCUUUAGGUAAAUAAUGUUCCUUUCGAGAACAGAAAAGACACAUGUGAGCA